UGUCCAAACAUUCCAAGAGAACCCCCCCAAAUCUCACCUUUAAAACCCCAGUACAGACCCCUUUAAAAUUCCCAAGAUCUUUCUCUCUCUCGCUCUCGCUCUCAGAAAGUCCAAAAUCAUGUGCCAGUUAUCUUCCCCUCCUCCGAGUACUUCUGGUGGAUGCAAUUCAGACCAACCAAACCAGCUCCUUCCCUCAACCAAACCACAAAAGCCCGACAUGUUCACCCCUUUGAUACCCCAAAACCCAACACUUCAACAUCAAAACCAACAUCCCCAAAAAACCCAUCUCUCUCUUGCUGUCACCGAAGCCAAAUGCAUAUCCAAGAUUGUUUUUCCAAUGGUACUAACUGGUCUUUUGCUCUACCUCCGCUCCAUGGUCUCCAUGCUCUUCCUUGGCCAUCUCAACGACCUUGCCUUGGCCGGCGGUUCGCUGGCAAUCGGAUUCGCUAACAUCACUGGUUAUUCCGUUCUCUCUGGCCUCGCCAUGGGAAUGGAACCCAUUUGUGGCCAGGCCUUUGGAGCCAAAAGAUUCAAACUUCUUGGCCUUACUCUGCAAAGAACAGUGAUUCUACUUCUGUUUACUUCAAUUCCCAUAUCACUUUUAUGGUUCAAUAUGAAGAAAAUCCUGCUAUUUUGUGGUCAGAAUGCCGAAAUUGCAACCGAAGCUCAGACCUACAUUCUCUAUUCCCUCCCGGACCUCGCUGCACAAUCUCUUCUGCACCCCAUUCGAAUAUAUCUACGAUCGCAAUCCAUAACUCUGCCUCUGACUUUGUGUGCGGCCUUUUCUAUUGUUCUCCACGUUCCCAUCAAUUACUUUCUUGUUUAUGUGCUGAAACUUGGAAUUAAAGGCGUUGCCUUAAGCGGCGUCUGGACUAAUUUCAAUCUGGUAGGAUCGUUGAUGGUCUAUAUUGCAAUCUCCGGCGCGUACGAGAAAACAUGGGGUGGAAUUUCCUUCGAGUGUUUCAAAGGAUGGAGAGCUCUUUUGAAUUUAGCUAUUCCAAGCUGCAUUUCAGUUUGCCUGGAAUGGUGGUGGUACGAAAUCAUGAUUUUACUCUGCGGGCUUUUACUCAAUCCCCAAGCGACCGUUGCUUCAAUGGGAAUUCUGAUUCAAACCACGGCUUUGAUGUACAUUUUCCCAUCUUCUUUAAGCUUUGGUGUGUCAACAAGGGUUGGAAACGAACUAGGUGCGAACAAUCCAAAGAAAGCAAAACUUGCCGCGAGUGUCGGCCUCUCUUUCAGCUUCGUGUUGGGAUUCUCGGCAUUGCUUUUUGCUGUAAUGGUUAGGAAGAUAUGGGCAAACAUGUUCACCCAUGACACAGAGAUUAUAGCCUUAACAUCUAUGGUCUUGCCCAUUAUCGGACUCUGCGAGCUCGGAAACUGUCCACAAACAACAGGUUGCGGUGUUCUUCGUGGAACAGCUCGGCCAAAACUGGGAGCCAAUAUCAAUCUCAGUUGCUUUUAUCUUGUGGGAAUGCCGGUUGCUGUGUGGUUGAGCUUUUACGCAGGGUUUGAUUUCAGAGGACUAUGGCUCGGUCUUUUGGCAGCGCAGGGCUCGUGCGUUGUGACCAUGUUGUUCGUUUUGGCUCGAACCGAUUGGGAGUGUCAAGCCCUGAGAGCCAAGGAGCUUACCAGAGAGAUUACCACCACAGAUGAUAAUAGCCAUGAUGACGAGGGAUUAAAGGAUAAAACUCAGGACUUUUCCAGUUCAUUGGAUAAAGUAGAGAGCAGCCAAAAUUCACUAGUUUGAGUUCUCCACCGAAUCCUAGAAUUUUUUGUACAAAUCUUGGGCAAUCACGACAAGGCACGAUAAGACCCAACAUUUUUUACGUUAACAUUCACAACAUAAUUAAUUAGUAUAAAUAGCAUUUUUCUUGUUCUUUUUUUUUUUCUCUCUUUCUUUUUCUAUAUGCGGGAUUUUUUUAUGUAACUUUUAAAUGAAAUUUCAUUUUC